CCCAGCAUAACGACGCUCAGAUACAAUGGCAGACACAGGGUCAGCGCCGGCGCAGUACAAGCAGUCCAGCCGCAAGGGCAAGAAGGCCUGGCGCAAAAAUGUCGAUGUCACACAGAUCCAGUCCGGCCUCGACGAAGUGCGAGACCAGAUAAUCCACGGUGGCGUGGUCGCGGAAAAGACCUCCGAUGAACUUUUCGCCGUUGACACCAUUGGUUCUGCCGAAAUCCAGAAAUCUGUUGCGAAGCGACACAAGCCUCUCAAGGUCGACGAGAUCCUCGCUCGCCGCUCUGCCGUUCCUGCUGUUUCGACUAGGAAGCGUCUAUCGGAUAUCGCUGAUGAUGGCAAGAGAAAGAAGGCCAAGGUUUCCAGCAAAGAAUACGACAGGCUAAGAGCCAUUGCCUAUGGCGGCGAGCAGGUCAAGAAGGAUGUGGUGCAGACCAGCGAUGCCAUGUAUGACCCAUGGGCAGUGCAGGAAGCCAGGAAGGAUCCCAAGUUUGAGUACCUGGAAGAGAAGAAGCCCAAGGUCGAGCCCAAGACUCUGAAGCGCGCACCUGUCUCUCAAGCAAAGUCCGGCAAGACCAUUCCAGCAGUGCGCAAGCCAGCUGGCGGAAAAUCAUACAACCCUCUGCUUGAGGACUGGCAAAACGAACUCAUGCGCGAGUCUGACAAGAUUGUCGAGGCCGAAAAGAAGCGUCUCGAAGAGGCUCGCGAAGAGGCCGAGCGGAUGGAGCGGGCUGCUGCUGAAAUUGAAUCAGACUCUGGUGAAGAGAGCGUCUGGGAGAGCGAGUGGGAGGGCUUCAGUGACAGUGAAAACAAGGAAGCCAAGAAGAAGAGGCCAGAGAGGAAAACACCAUCCCAGAGAAACAAGAUCAAGAAGAGAAAAGAGGGGGAAAGGAAGGCCAAACAUGAGGCAAAGAUGAAGGCGAAAGAGCAGCAACUCCAAGAGAUCAAGAGGUUAGCGAAGAGUGUCGAGGAAAAGGAGAGAGCGAGGGCUACUGUACGCCAGGCUCUUGAGCAGAAGAACGCCGAGGAAUUUGAGGAUGACGGCGAGGAGGUGGAGCUUAGGAAGAAGCAGUUCGGAAAGGCUCCGCUGCCGGAAGCUCCACUCGAAGUUGUACUCCCAGAUGAGCUGAGAGACUCGCUGCGUCUUCUCAAGCCGGAAGGAAACCUGCUCAAAGACCGCUUCAGGAACAUGAUGCUUCAAGGCAAGGUGGAGGCCAGGAGGCAAAUUCCAUACGCCAAGCAGAAGAAGUACACCGUGUCCGAGAAGUGGAGCUACAAGGACUGGCAGUUGCCAAAAUAGACACAAUCCCAAGGGCCGAAAGAUAUUGGCGUGUUUGCAGGCUUAUGAAUUUGAUUACUAUUUCAUCGAAGGCGUCUUUUCCGAUUGCAUG